AUGACUAGUGUGAUUCUAAGCACAAGAGGAGCAUCGGUAAAGAUACGGCAUCUGAUGAAGGACAUUUCCAGGCUGGUGAAGGUUGAAGAGGAGCAGAAGUGGGACAUGGGGAAGAACUACGGAGAGCUUCGAAGCCUCAUGACGAUAAACGAGUGUGACUCCAUGCUUUUUUUCCGGUCCACAAAGAGAUCGGAUGAUCUAUGGAUGGGCAUACUUGACGGAGUAUCUGUCCUAUUCAGGAUGCACAAUAUGUCUACGAUGAGGGACUGUAACUUCCCCGUGAAUUCCUUUAAGGAUUGUGGGUAUGUUCUAAUGUUCAGCAAGGAGUUUGAGGACAUAGAGCACCUGAAGUAUGCCAAAGAUGUCAUAGAGCACAUUUUUCGGUCGAACGAAACAAAGGAUAAGGCCCUGUGUUUUUUCUAUCUUGACGGAGUUAUAUGGGUUCGAUGCUAUAAAAUAGGGAAAAAGUUAGAGGAGAUCGGGCCCAGGCUUGUUCUUGAGGUGCUCAAGGUGCUUGAGAAGUGCUUUGAAGGGAAGGCAUUAUACAAGGCAGAGAAGGAGAAUCUCUUUGCUAGAAAGGAUUCUAAUUAA